GUAUUGAUUUUAAAGUAAAACCAGUAACAUUUAAUGAUACAAGAGUGAAACUUCAAAUAUGGGAUACUGCUGGCCAGGAACAAUUCCAUACACUUUGUACUAGCUAUUUCCGUGGUGCACAAGGCUUUGUUCUUGUAUAUGACAUCACAAAUCUGGACAGUUUUCGAAGUAUAGCAGGCUGGAUGAAAGACAUACAUGAGAAAGCGGGUGAUGAAGUGGACAUAAUACUGUUGGGCAACAAGUGUGAUAAGGAGUCAGAACGUGUAGUUCCAAAACAGAAAGGAGAAAAGCUUGCUUGGGAACAUGGAGUACCCUUUUAUGAAACCAGUGCUAAAGACAAUGUGAACAUUGAGGAUGCAUUCUCAGUUUUGACUCAGGAGAUACUGGAAAAGUACCCCGUUAAAGGUAGCCAAGGUUAUUGCAAUAAAAUAGACAGUUCUGACAUGAAAGCGAACAAG